GAGAUCAUCCACAGCAUUCAGUCCGGGGUCUCGUAGAGAAAGACAGAUUUCAUUCUCCUCGCUCAAAGUUAAACCGCCGUUCAAUCGCCCUGCCGUUCUAGCGAAUUCCAUGCAGUCGUCAGAACAAUCAAAACAAUUACUGAACAACAUUCUUCAUCAUUCAACAGUGGAGUUCGAGGCAGGAUUCAAGCGUCCAUGGACCGCCAUGGAGCUUUAUGCAAGUACGAUGGCGAAUGAGCCCGGUUUCAUUGAAUACGCGGAAUUCCCUGAUGGCAAUGAUCCAGUCUGGUUUCUGGGGAAAAAAUUUGAGCUCAAAGAAGAAGCGGAUUUCGAGUACGUCCGGAAGUCAUUUUCAUCUAUGCUCUGGUUCACAUAUCGAAAAAACUUCGCCGCCAUAGGCGGUGACGGCCCCACGUCAGACACUGGAUGGGGGUGCAUGUUGCGAGCUGGUCAAAUGAUGCUCGGGCAAGCUCUCAUUCGGAAGCACCUUGGACGCUCUUGGAUGUGGACUUCUGAUGACAGGCUCCCCGACCGCGAAAACUAUCUGAGAAUAUUGCGCAUGUUCCAAGACAAGAAGUCGGCCACUUUCUCGAUACAUCAGAUUUCGCUCAUGGGCCUCAGUGAAGGCAAGGCUGUCGGCGAAUGGUUCGGACCUAAUACAGUCGCGCAAGCUCUGAAGAAGCUCGUGCAGUACGAUCAUUGGAGCGAAAUGAAACUACACGUCGCCAUGGACAACAUAAUUAUACUGAGCGACAUCAAGAGCUUGUGCUGCGCGAAAGAAAGCAAUAAAUGGAGACCCCUUCUGUUGGUCGUUCCGCUCCGAUUAGGACUCUCGGAAAUCAACGACAUAUAUACCAACGCCGUUCUGAACUCCUUCAAAAUGAAGCACAGCCUCGGUAUCAUCGGCGGGCGACCUAGCCACGCUCUUUACUUCAUAGGCAUUCAGCGGGAGGAACUGGUGUUCCUCGAUCCCCACACAACGCACAAUUACGUUGACCUAGAUGAGGAGCCCUACAACGACAGCACCUACCACUGUCAACGAGCUCAACGCAUGAAAAUCUCUAAUAUGGAUCCGUCGAUAGCCAUGUGUUUCUACAUUGGUGACGAGGAUGAGCUGGACCAGUGGCGCGUCCAGGCCAAGGAACUGCUUGUGGACAACUCAGGUCACAUGUUAUUCGAAAUCACCGAUGUUCCCUUGAGCUGGUCAUGUGAUAUCAGCAGCGAAAUGAACACGGAGGAUGCCGGGCCCUCCAAGAGCUACACUUCGGAUGAAGAAUUCGAACUUCUCUAA